UGGAGCAAAGAGUUGGCCAGGAGGGCCUAUGGGUGUUAUAAUGCAGACCUGGGUCACUGUGGCGGUGACUCUGGCCACACUGAUGGUCGCCGCCGUGGAUGCGAAGAUCUAUAAACGCUGUGAACUGGCAAUGAAGCUGGAGAAGGCAGGCCUCAGUGGCUUUAAAGGCUACAGUGUUGGAGACUGGCUGUGCAUGGCACACUAUGAGAGUGGCUCUGACACCUUCUUUGUGGACCACAAUCAUGACGGCAGCACCGAAUACGGCAUUUUCCAGCUGAACUCCACCUGGUGGUGUAACGGUGGUAUUACACCCACCCAGAACCUCUGUCACAUCAAGUGUCGAGACCUGCUCAGCCACCAUAUUCUGGAUGAUACCUUGUGUGCCAGGCAGGCGGUGUCCUCAGAGAAUGGUAUGACUUCUUGGGAUUCAUGGACCCGGCACUGUUCUGGCCAUGAUUUAUCUGAAUGGCUCAAGGGAUGCAAUAUGCAUGCCAAAGCUAACUCAAAGAAAACUAGUAAUUCAUGAUUCAGUUUCCCAGAAGUAGAAAUUUUCU